CCAUAAAGUGGGCAGCCCAGCGGCCCUUUCGGCUAUUAUCAACAUGGACCGCUUCUGUUUUGUCGCUUUCUCCUCCUUCCUCUCUCUCUCUGAAAAUCAACGUGUCCUCUAGAAUGUCUGUGAUGCAAGGAACGAAGCACCUCGUCGGUGGGUGGCUGAUUGCCGCCAUCACUUCAGUAUGCUCCUCGGGCUUUCUGUUGUUCGGGUACGACCAGGGCGUCAUGUCCGGCGUGGUGAUAUCCAAGUACUGGCUGGCGCAGAUGGACCACCCGAGCUCACUCAUGGUCGGCACCAUGACGGCGCUGUAUGAUGUGGGAGCCGUGUUUGGGGCCAUCGGCGCCGCCUUCACGGGCGAGCAGCUGGGGCGUAAGAGGACUCUGCUGCUGGGCACCACGAUCCUGAUCAUCGGCACGGUCCUCAUGGCCAGCAGCUACGAACGGAUCCAGUUCAUGGUCUCGCGAGUCUGCACGGGAAUAGGCAUCGGGUACAUCACGUCUGUCACGCCCGUCUACCAGGCGGAGAUCAGUGCCGCCGCGCAACGCGGAUGGCAAGUGUGCUGCCAGCUCACCACCAUGCUCGGCGGGUUGAUGAUUGCCUACUGGAUCAACUACGGCUUCUUCUUCAUCCACAGCAGCGCGCAGUGGAGAUUUCCCCUCGCCUUCCAGCUGGUCUUUGCCAUCUACAUCAUGCUGGUCGCUCCGUGGCUGCCCGACACCCCGCGCUGGCUCAUGCGACAUCGCACCCCGGCGGAGGGGCUCGCGGUCCUCGCGCGACUGAGGGGACGGGAUGAGAAGGACCAGCUCGUGCAGACGGAGAAGGACGAGAUCAUGGAGGCCAUUGCCAUCGAAGAGAAGGAGGAGGGCUCGUGGGCAGAUUUGUUCCGCAGCAACGGCAUCUCGGCCAACAAGCGCUUCUACCUCGCGCUGGGAAUCCAAUUUAUGCAGCAGAUGUCGGGCAUCAACAUUGUGACAUACUACGCUCCGACGCUCUUCACCACGUCGUUGAACAUGACCCAGGAGAUGUCGAUUCUCAUGGGCUGCUUCCUGCAACUGUGGUAUAUUAUCGCCUCGUUUCUGACAUGGUACACGAUCGACCGCGUGGGACGGCGGCUCCUCUUCAUCUCCAUGGCCUUUGGCAUGUGUCUGGUGCUGGUGGCCGAAGCCAUCGCCGUCAACCGCAUCGAGGCCGCCCACUACCACAACACCUCCGCGGGGGUGGCCGCCGUGUUCUUCGUCUUUGCGUUCGAGGCCUGCUUCACCUGGGGCUGGAUGGCCACCGUCUGGGUCUACCCGCCAGAGAUCCUGCCGCUGAAGAUCCGAGCCAAGGGCGCCGCGCUGGCCGCCGGCGCGGAUUUCCUGGGCAACUUUCUCGUCGUCGAGGUCACGCCGGACGGCGUCAAAAACCUCGGCUGGAGGUUCUACAUCGUCUGGGCGGUGCUCAACCUCGCCAAUGCCAUCAUCGUCUGGCUCUUCUACCCGGAAACCGGCGGCCAGCCGCUCGAGGCGAUCGACACGCUCUUCGCGGACAAGGAGCAGCGCAGACGAGCCUCGACCCUGAACCACAGCGGCGGCGGCGGGGCCACGGUCGCCCUUCCCGCCGACGACGACAGCGACGAGGUCGACACCGAGGAUAUUGGAGAAGACAAGAAGGGCCUCCUGAGCAGACUGCAGUGGAGCAUCGUGCGCAAGGCGGACAGGCAGGUCAAGGCGUACAAGCGCGCCGGGCGGCGGCGGGUCUCGGAUAUGACGGCGGUGUCCGACACCACGACCGCGCGGGGCGGCGACGAGGAAGAAAGUCCCGAUGGGGGAGGGAAAGUCCACGAGGACCAGCGAGAAAUCGUGGUGCAGAAGUGA